UUCUUGCAUUCACUUGAGGCCAUGCCUUGGGAAAAGGAAACUGAAACCGAAGGCAACUGGCCACUGGUGCAGGCUGCUGGAGACACCGCCCCAUGACGUGCACAGCCAGGGCUCAUAAAGGGGCUGAGCCUGAUCCAGCAGCAAAGAGCAGCUGGGAGCUGAGUAAAGAACUCACUUGUCAGUGCCUGCGAAGUACCUGGCAUUAGCGCCCACAACCAUGGGCUGGGACCUGACAGUGAAGAUGUUGGGGGGCCAGGAGUUCCUGGUGUCCCUGAACUCCUCCAUGACAGUGCAGGAACUGAAGAGGGAGAUCGCCAAGAAGGCCGGGGUGCCUGCCUUCCAGCAGCGCCUAGCUGUCCAGCCGAGUAACAAGGUGCUGGAGGACAGGUUCACCCUCACCCAACAGGGCUUGGCCCCUGGCAGCACGGUCUGGCUGUUGGUGGAGGACUGUGAAAACCCCUUCAGCAUCCUGGUGAGGAACGACAAGGGGCGCAGCCGUUUGUAUGAGGUCCAGCUGACACAGACGGUGGCAGCGCUGAAGAAGCAGGUGUGCCAGCAAGAGGGGGCACGGGAAGACAUGUUCUACCUGAGCUUCCAGGGGAGGUCUAUGGAGGACGAGCACAUGCUGGGCGACUAUGGCCUCAAGUCCCAGUGUACUGUGUUCAUGAAUCUGCGCCUUCGAGGGGGCAGGGCAAGGCCCUGAGAGCAGUGCAGAGGGCCCCCUGCUGGAAUCAAGCUUUGGAAAUAAAGAUGGAUGCAGAGAAAACA